AAAAUUCAACAAAAUUGAAUGCUACGUCAACAUUUUAUGUAUGUAUUUUCUGGUUCAAUCUAACUUGAUAAAGAUUAAAAAAAUUCUACACUAUCACCCAGAAAUGUUUCAAAAUUUCGUAUUGUUAUUUUUUGUUACCGCGAAUUUGUGUUUCGUGAAUGCACGAAAAUUGAAGACAGAGGUGUCAACAGCGACAGUAAAUAGUAUGACUGCUGAUCCUUUAACCACAAAAACGGCUCCAGCUUUUACAACAAGCGGUGUAUUUGCAAAUCAAUCUAUAAAUGAUAACUGGAAAAAACUACUCGACAAGAAUGUCACCUAUAGAUUUGCCAAAUAUUUUCCGAGAAGUGGAGACAAUGCGACUGAAGAAAAAGUUGAGCUUAACGAGACAGAUGUGGAUAAAGCGACGUCUGGGGGUUACAAGAGCAAGAUGGGGUAUUUUCCAUCGGAAGUAGACGUGAAAGAUGCAUUGAGUAGCAAACAUAAAUGUAGCGGAACCCUAGUUGAAGAUAAACAUGUGCUGUCCACCGCUCACUGUGUUUUCAAGUCCGUUGUCGCUGAGCUGGCUGUUAUGGCUGGCGAUACCAAUCUUUUGCCAAAUCAACUUUCGUCACGAGAGAGCAGACGUGUUCAAUUGAUAGCAAAGCACCCAGAUUAUUUGGACGAUGCAAACACCUCGCUCGAGUUCAACAUUGCUGUCUUAAGGUUGGACAUGCCAUUUACAAGGAGCAACUAUCUUCAUCCUGCCGUAAUUCCGACAACUAGGAUUGGAAAAAAUUCCCAAUGUUUUUUCGCUGGAUGGGAGUUAGGAAAUGAAGGCAGCAUCGAGGGAAGUACUUCCUACGAUCUUUACUUUUUGGAAGUUCAAACUAUGGAUAUGGAAUAUUGCUUCAAAUGUGUCGGAAACGCGAUCUGCGCAGGGAGUAAUGAAACCAAGGCUUGCAUUAACGACGAUGGAGGUCCUUUAAUGUGCAACGGUGUUUUACAUGGAAUUUAUGUUGGGAGUGCAAACAAUUGUCAAUCACUGACUGGAAUUUAUACUGAUGUAGUUUUUUAUAAGCAGUGGAUCGACCGCAUCAUCGAUUGGGGUGGCGAAGAUCCCAUGCCCUUGCCUUUACCUUAUGCGAGAAGAAGGAUGUAUCGAAUAGAUAAAGCUGAUACGCGGACUGCAUCAGAAGCUGCCAAAUAUUCCACAGUAAUGCAGAUAAUUAUCUUAUUGACGAUGAUUGGCUUUACAACUGUUUAUUAUCUAUAGUCUAGGAGAACGUGGUAUUUCCGUUCCUUAUACUGAUGAUAUAAUGAUAUAUUUUAAGUUGAAUU